ACAGAGACACCAGAAGUUUCAAGUCCAUAGACGCACAGAGUAAUAGAGUCACACAGCAAGAAAACAGGCGCUUCGACACAACUGGUCCAUGCCUACCAAGAUUCUCAUCUGAAAUCGGGAGGUUGGACGAGAUUUGGAGCGAGAGAUUUGAAAAGAGAAGCACCAUGUCGCUCUCCGACGACCUGUCCAAAUCCACUCUCGGUGGGAACUUCUCCUUCAACGCUUCCACCUCCGAGGACAGCACGAUCACGUGGACAGCGCCCUCCAUCUUGGCCAUGAUCAUCCACGUCCUCACCUUCCUGCUGGGUGUCCCCGGAAACGGCGCGGUCAUCUGGGUGACGGGCUUCAAGAUGAAGAGGAACAUCAACACGGUGUGUUUCCUGAACCUGGCGGUGGCGGACCUGACCUACUGCCUCUCCCUCCCCUUCCAGAUGGCCAACGUCAAACUGCAGGUCUCCUGGGACAAGAACUUCGUCCUAUGGAUAUUCUUCCAGUCUGCCAUCAUCCUCAACAUGUCCGCCAGUGUCUUCCUGUUGACCCUGAUCAGCUUCUGCCGUUACCUUGCAGUCACUCGGCCCACCUGGUUCCGCCAUCAUCUCAGCCUGUCUUGGGUGCGUGCGGCCUGCUUCGGGGCCUGGGGACUAGCCUUCGUAAUGUGCCUACCCACCAUGCUGGUUAAGCAGAUUGUCCCCUAUUUCCAGGACAAGACCUGGGCGGUAUUGCAGAUAACUUGGGUCGUCUUCAUCUUCAUCCUCCCCAUUGUGAUCAUGACUGCUUGUUAUCUACUGAUUUGCGGGGAGCUUCACGGAAAAAAGUUAGCCAAGUCCAACAAGCACGUCCGCCUCACCAUGACUGUGGUCGCUGUCUUCAUCAUCUCUUGGUUCCCGUACCAGGCUUGCGGCCUCGUUCGGGCCUUUUCCAAUCCGCCUGCCCUGAUAUGGUGCAAAAUAGCCUUCAGCCUAUCUUCUUUCAACAGCGCCCUCAACCCCCUUCUCUACGUCUUCACUGGCCGAAACUUCCGCCAGGUCUUCAGGCGCUCGUUGGCCGCCUCCCUCCGCCUGGCCUUCGCCGAGGAGGACCAGACUUAA